AGACUAGACAGAAAUGGACUGCUCUCUUACCUGUGUUAUAAGGACAUGGCAAUUUCUGUUUUCUUUAUACAGAUAAAAGCUUACUACUUUUAUAGUUCUUCAAGGACAAACUUGAUUUUACGUGAAAUUCCAGUCUCACGGUUCCAGCUAAGAAAGCUAUAGAUAAUAAUAAUAAUAAUAAUAAUAAUAAUAAUAAUACUUUGUUGUGUACUAUAUUGUGCUACCAGUAAGAAGUUCAGUAAGGACAAACGUUAUAUUAUUUAUUUUAAAACGAUUUUAGUCUUUAAUAAUUGUUACAUAUCUCUAGUUUCGUAUCUAUGUACUGUACAUUACCCAUAUAUGUGUACGCAUGUUCUACAUUUAUUUAUUUUUUUAUGCUAUGCAACAAGCCUCUUGAAUGUCAUAACUACAUAUUGUUUUGACGUCAGAAAUAGCAGGUAUUGACAGAAAAACAAUUGUAUCCAUAUCCGAAUUACAAUUACAUACUACAAUAACAGCGACCACUGUUAUGAGAGGCGGGGCUUGGGGCUACAGUACCAGCUACCUGUUUUUCACCAGCUGCAAGUCAAGCGAGGGGAUCCGAUACACUGUUGCCUGCACUUUUUUUUUUUUCAAUAACCCAAGCAAAUCUAUACUAGUCUAGUACCACGAUCAGAGCGCCAAGACAUUAUUGAGGCACGUCUAUUUUCAACAUCUUUUGUACCGCUUUCUCGUUGUAUCAUUUAUCACUGGUUUAGCUUCGGUGUUAUAGUGCAACACUGAAGUACACAUUCCGCAUCUCCAUGCGUGUACAGGCUUGGCACGCAAAGGGUUAAAGUGUUAAGGCAAUUCAUAAAUAAGCAGGUGUCCUCCUGUGCCAGUCCUAGCCCAAUUUACGACUCGUAUUGUAAAGUCUUAAAUACUUUGUACUCCUCAGCAGCAAUCCAUAACUGUCAUUUGGACAUAAGGCAGGGGGUGCCGGUCGGAGUGGGGGAAAUAUUUUUCUUUUUAAAGAAAAGUAGUUCUUCAGUAGGGUAUAAAUACAGCUUAGUAAACCUGACUAUUAACAUUAUUCCAAGAAACUGCAAGGUUUUUAUACAGCGCUCAAGCCUCCCUGUGUGUGACCAAAACGCACACGGGAUUUUUAUUAUUUUGUUUCUUUUACAUCUGAUUACAGGUGCAGUCCACCGAUUCUCCGAAGUUUGGUGCUUUGUUAAUCGUAAGAACUGGAAAUGUGGUGGAUGCUUUUUCCUCGAUGGAUUUGGUUCUUUUUGGGGCAAUUAUUUGUCCUGCUACUGGACAGUCGUGUAAAGAGCAUGACUUUGCCAAGAAUCGUCUAUUCUCACGCUGGGAUCUGUCCGAACGAAAUGAACCCUAACCUAUGGGUAGAUGCCAUGAGCACUUGUGUUAGAGAGUGCGAAUCUGACCAGGAAUGCGAGACAUUUGAGAAGUGCUGUCCUAACGUCUGUGGGAAUAAGAGCUGUGUGGCAGCCAGGUACAUGGAUGUCAAGGGGAAGAAAGGUCCUGUUGGAAUGCCCAAAGAAGCCACCUGCGCCCGCUUUAUGUGCACUCAGCAGGGCUCUGAGUGUGACAUCUGGGAUGGCCAGCCAGUGUGCAAGUGCAGAGACAGGUGUGAAAGAGAACCAAGCUUCACCUGUGCCUCCGAUGGCUUGACAUACUACAAUAAGUGUUACAUGGAUGCGGAAGCUUGCAACAAAGGAAUCAUGCUGACUGUCGUAACCUGCAGGUACCACCUCACCUGGCCAAACACAAGCCCGAUUCCCAUAGAGACUACUCGCCCCACUACUGCUGUUUUGGAGACUACAGUUAUUGAUGUUGUGCUGCCGGCACUGAUCACCAAACCUGUGCACCAGUCAGUUUAUGUUGGCGAAACUGUGAGUUUCCACUGCGAUGUGGCUGGAAAACCCAAACCUGAUAUCACAUGGGAGAAACAAAUCGAUGGUAAAGAUAACAUUGUCAUGAGGCCUAACCAUGUCAUAGGCAACAUUGUGGUCACCAACAUCGCCCAGCUUGUCAUCUAUAAUGUUCAACAGCAAGACGCAGGCAUGUACACUUGCACUGCUAAAAACAUAGGUGGGCUUCUCCAAGCUGAUUUCCCCAUGUCAGUGUUGAAUAAGGAACUUUCCAAAAACAGCAACCCAAGAAACAUCACAAACUUCCCGGCUGAGGAGUGUCUCAAGAUUCCCGACAGUGAAGACUGUGGGGAAGAGAAUACAAGCUGGUAUUAUGAUGCCAAGAAGAACAACUGUUUCACUUUUACCUAUGGCAACUGUAACAACAACAUGAAUGAUUUUGAGACCUACGAGUCCUGCAUGCGGUCCUGUGGGAGCGAGCUAGCCAACCCCUGUGGUCUACCAAGUCUUCAGGGUCAGUGUAAAGCCUACGAGCCAAGAUGGGCUUACAGCAGCGUCUUGAAGCAGUGCCAUUCGUUUAUCUAUGGGGGCUGUGGGGGCAACGAGAACAAUUUUGAAAGCAAAGAGGCCUGUGAGGAAAUGUGCCCCUUUCCCAAGAACCAGUCAUGCAAAAUGUGCAAACCUCGGCAAAAGAUGGUGACAAGCUUCUGCAAAAGUGAUUUUGUCAUUCUGGGACGGAUGAUCGAACUGACCGAAGACCAGGACUCCGGACAUGCCCUGGUGACAGUGGAAGAGAUCCUGAAGGAUGAGAAAAUGGGGUUAAAGUUUUUUGGUAAGGAACCCCUGGAAAUCACCCUGUUAAACAUAGACUGGAAUUGCCCCUGCCCCAAUAUAACAACAGCGGACGGGCAGGUGAUUAUCAUGGGCAAUGUCCACAAUGGCAUGGCGGUCUUGCAGCCAGACAGUUUUGUCGGGGUGUCCAGUGUGAGACGUGUAAGGAAACUCCGUGAAGUCAUUCACAAGAAGACCUGUGACAUUUUAAAAGAGUUCCCAGCACUUCAGUAGUCAACUUCCAGGUCCAGUCCAGAAUAAAAUGCAACAAUGUUUUAUUUUAUUCUUACUGCAGUAAUACAAUACAAAAUUUCUGAGCAGUGUUGCGUUGUUUGAAUGAGAGAUCAUUCAAUAUCAGCAAGAGACUAAUAAUUACAGUUAAGUUUAAAUGUGUAAAAGGUUCAAAUCCCACUUCAUCCACUGACUCACUGUGUGACCCUGAGCAAGUCACUUAACCUCCUUGUGCUCCGUCUUUCGGGUGAGAUGUAAUUGUAAGUGACUCUGCAGCUGAUACAUAGUUCACACACCCUAGUCUCUGUAAGCCGCCUUGGAUAAAGGCGUCUGCUAAAUGAACAAAUAAUAAUAAUAAUAAUAAUAAAAGCCACCCAGUUAAAUAUAGUUACCUGAAACCCAGGAAGAACUCAGUGCCAAAACUUAAUUUAUCAUAGCUAUAUUAAUUAAUCAUUAAUAAACAGCAUAACGUUUGCAUUUUUCUUAUUUAGAAAUAUGAACGACAAUUUGACUCUGAAGAAAACGUUUUCUUAUAAAAGUUUAGUUUUUGUUCUGUAAAAAAUAUUUUUUACACAUUCAAACAAAUAUUAUUUCAUGUCUAACAUUAGUUGACAUCAGAUCUCAGACAAUUAGAAAUUUGCCUCAGCAUUUCAUUAAAAGAAAUAAAUAAAACUAUAUAUAAACGAUUCAGUCAGUCUAAUGGUUAAAUAAAGUUAUUCGACUGACAAACUAUUAUUGAGAACUGCAAUAGAUGCCCAGAGGAUGAACACUGCUGUGUUACUUUCCAUUAGCGUUUCAUUUGUUACAACAGGGCGCACUAAAGUCUUUCUUCGCCAUCAGCCCGAGUGGCUGUGUGCAGUUGACGAACUGCCCGGCCAAACUUUUUGAGAAUGUUAUACUUAAAACUUUUCUUAAUAAAAGAAAAAUAAACAGACCUAAAGGUAAAACGUGUUCUGCAAUAAGAACAUUGUUGGCAGUGGAGCUCUCAAAUGUAAUCCUCAUUUGGUUUGAAUUAAGCAAAGGGUUGAAUUACUUUUACAAGUACAUUGAACGGAACUUUCUUGCAUAACUGGAAAAAUGCAACAUUUCCUCAAAUAUUUAUUGCUUUAUUGCUCCAUCCAACCAUAAUUCCCUCAUAUGUUUCAAACUACCUUUACUUUACCAUUGAAGUAUGCACAGCUUUUUAUAAAUGACCAUUCUGGCACAAAACUAAAGUAAUGAUAAUAUACAAUACAGGCUAGUAUAUUAUUACAUUACUUGGUUAUGUAAUAUAUCCAAUACUUUAUAUAUUGUUCUUUAUCUGUCUGAAGAAGUGUAAUGAGUUAAUGCCUAUUUUAUUUAUUACAUACCCAUUGUAUUGUAUUUUAUUUCCUAAUCGCCAUCUCCUGUAUUUCAAGUAUUUAGUUCAGGCAUAUUUGCUUUUAUGGUGCAACCUCAUGUUCUGUAGAAAAGGUUAAAUAACAUGGUUUUUGAACCAUGACACAUUACAGUAUCCAAUUCUGCAUUUCAAUUCCCGUCUUCUGACAACCUGUGAAAUAGGCUUGCUGACAUUUAAUAACUUCUAACUAACUGAGAAAAAAAAAUGCUUACAGGUUCAACCUGCUAAUAAAUGUAUUUGCUAAAAACGUGCACGUUAUCUAGUUCUCUAAAUGAUGUUGUUUUUUGUUGUGACUGGCACCUGAUAACUCUGUAAUGCAUGUUGUUUAUACAAUAUGGAAAAUAUAACAAUGGACAUUUAAAAUUUCCCCUGAAAAUUCACAGUAACUCAGAUUUGCUAUAUGCACUCAGACAAGUUGUAAUAUAUUUUCUUAAAGGUUGAUUAUAAUUGACUAUAUCAAUUGAUAUAUAUAUAUAUAUAUAUAUAUAUAUACCAUGUAGGUCUACUAGACUUUGAAUGUAAGUGGUGUAUGUGCUCUAACCUUUACAUUACCCUUACCAAAAUGUAAUACAACGUUACUGCUAAUUGGACCGUGCUAGAUAUGCUAAUAUUACUGUUAUGGAGAGGGCCCUCGUUUGUUAAGUGAAGCAGGUCGUUGUUGAACCCUGAACCAAUUAUUUCUGAUGAACAGCUUAUUUGUAUGUCACUGAAUGGCCAUCUUACUGUUUCUGAUAAAGGAUGUGCUACUUGGUUUCAAACUGUUAAACAGCCCUGUAAAUGCAGUAGGUAUUCACACUACCACAAUGUUUAAUAAACGGUAGUAAUGUAGCAGUUACAUGUAAACCUUUUUGUAAGGGUAUUAUUGCUUUCUUAGAUCAUUUGUUUUUUAUUUAUUUAUUAUGCUGCUUACUGCGCCAGUUGUUUAAUUUUUUCAUGACUUCUUUAAUGUGUCAAGAUUACAAAAAUCUGUUUUGCAGAUAUAUGUAUGUAUGUAUGUAUCUUCUGUCAUAAGCACUUAUUCAUUUCUUUUUUUUUGUUUUCUUAAUAAAGAUAUUUUUAAAACACA